AUGGUUCGACUCACCCAAGUGCUGUCCGCAUUCCUGGCCGCCGGCCAGGUGCUGGCAGUCCCUGCGCCAUCGUCCGAUAUAGAGCGGCGAAACGGGCCAGAGGUCACACAGUUUCUGUCCCAGGUCGCGGCCAUGUUUCCUAUCAAUCUUGCCGUCGAGCACGUUUGUAGUGUCCUUAUGGCCGGCGAGCUCGUCCUAGCCAUGAAACCUGGGAUCUCGGCUAUGAGAAACGAUGCCUGCGGCGACGUCACGCUCAUGUUUGCCCGAGGAACCUGCGAAGUCGGCGAUAUGGGCGUUCUUGCGGGGCCCUUCUUCUCCAAGGCCCUCGAGAAGAAACUGCACGAACACGGUCGCUCGCUUGGAGUAAAAGGUUUCGCGUAUCCUGCGAGCGUCGACGGAUACCUCACGGGGUCCCUAGCCAACGGCAAGAGCUUCGGACAAGCCAUCCGAGACGUCGCGACCAAGUGUCCCAGCACAAGGAUUGUACUCGGCGGGUACUCGCAGGGCGGGAUGGUGGUGCACGGCGCCGCGACGAGCCUCGAUGCGAGCGUCAUGUCUAGGGUCAGCGCCGUGGUCAUUUUCGGCGACCCGUAUUCGAAACGGGCUGUAGAUAACAUAGAUGCGUCUAAAGUGCGCGUAAUUUGCCACGACGGAGACAAUAUCUGCGACAACGGCCCUAUUGUUACGCCGCAGCAUCUGACAUAUGCGCUCGACGCUGGUUCUGCGGCCGACUUCGUCGUUUCAAAGGUCUAA